CAUCUGGAAUUGCCCAUCCUGCCCUGACAUGGUCCGUGUCUCCUCUGGAGAAGARGGUUCUCUUCUUAACAUCCUGUCCCUAGAGACGUCCCAGCGCUGCCCUGCAUCUGACUGCUGUCUGGUGCUCCAGGAACAAUCAGCCUUUACACAGGAGAUGGCAGCUUUGGAGAGAGUAUUUGACUUGCUGCCUCUAAGAUGCCCCUCAGUUCUGUCUUCAGAGSGAGAUACAUAGUUCCAGAUGUUCUCUCAGGACUAACAGAUCCGUGUCUUUAGGAGACUGAUGUUCCGCGUAAUCUUUUGGGAAAUCUGACUUCCCACACAUGCAAACMAUCUCAUUUUGGCACCAGGAGUUUGCUGCUGGAGAGUACUCCUCCUUCCCUCCGGUUCCCUGAGGCCUGAACUCUGCUCUGUUUCCUCCAUCACCAUGGCCUGUGGACGAUCCCUGUGUGCAAGUUGCUGCUGGCAAAAACUGAGGUAGAAUUGAAAUGAGGGACUGGGAAGCAAGCAAGUUCUUUCACCAGUUAGAAUGAUCUGGGAAAGCGUGCAUUAUCCUUGCCUGGUGCUGUCAGCACUGUCCUUCCUGGAGAGACUGACUUCAUCCUACUGCCCAUCCAAGGAAGUCCUGCAGCUUCUGAAAAUAACCAGUUCCUUGGUGUUGUCUCCAGCAAUGAACAAUCUGCUGUUUUCCAUGGGGACACCACCAGCGAAACCAGCCCAUCUUCCCUCCCUGAAUCCCCUGACCUCUCUGUGAAAAGGAGCUUGCAGCUUUGCCUUGCCCUUAAGGCAGGAGCUUGAUCCAUAUGGAUCCUCAGUCUGCUGUCUUAGAGCUGAUCCUGCUUUAGGUCAAUGAGAACAUCUCCUGCUCAUUCAUCAUGACGUAAUAUCUGGUCUCCUGCUCCAUCCACAGGAUAAGUUUCUUGCUUCCUCUUGGUCUACACAGAUGUGACUCCAGGUGUUCAGCURCCUUGUCUGGUACAGCGCCCUGGGAUGCCAUCAGGAGCUCGAAUGCCCCAUCAGGGGGCUCCCAUGGGUCCUCCAGGCCCCCCAUAUGUUGGAAGCCCCUCUGUGCGACCUGGGAUGCCCCAGAGUGUGAUGGAAACAACAAGAAAACGCACUGCACCGCAGCAAGUCCAACAGCAGCAGGUGCAGCAGCAGGUGCAGCAACAGCAGCAAGCCACUCAGAACCGAGCUAGGAGUGCCAAGAGGAGGAAGAUGGCUGACAAAAUUCUCCCUCAGAGGAUCCGGGAGCUGGUUCCUGAGUCCCAAGCCUACAUGGAUCUCUUGGCCUUUGAACGCAAACUAGACCAGACAAUUAUGCGGAAGCGUGUGGAUAUUCAGGAAGCACUGAAGAGGCCGAUGAAGCAAAAGCGGAAACUAAGACUUUACAUCUCCAACACAUUUAAUCCUGCAAAAUCCGAUGCUGAUGACUCCGAUGGCAGCAUUGCUUCGUGGGAGCUGCGCGUGGAGGGGAAGCUCCUGGAUGAUCUCAGCAAACAGAAACGGAAGUUUUCAUCUUUUUUUAAGAGUUUGGUUAUUGAACUGGACAAAGAUCUUUAUGGACCYGACAAUCAUCUUGUGGAGUGGCACAGAACUCCCACGACCCAGGAAACAGACGGCUUCCAGGUGAAGAGACCUGGGGAUGUCAGCGUUCGAUGCACACUACUCCUCAUGUUAGACUACCAGCCUCCCCAGUUUAAACUGGACCCACGGUUGGCACGUCUGCUGGGGAUCCACACGCAGACGCGCUCAGCCAUCAUCCAGGCUCUCUGGCAGUACAUCAAAACAAACAAGCUGCAAGACUCCCACGAUAAGGAAUACAUUAACUGCGACAAGUACUUCCAGCAGAUUUUUGACUGUCCACGGCUAAAGUUUUCUGAAAUUCCUCAGAGACUCACUAACCUACUGCUGCCACCAGACCCGAUAGUAAUAAACCACAUCAUCAGUGUUGACCCCAACGAUCAGAAGAAGACGGCUUGUUAUGACAUAGAUGUAGAAGUUGAAGACCCAUUAAAGGGCCAGAUGAGUAGUUUUCUUCUCUCAACAGCUAACCAACAGGAGAUUACUGCAUUGGACAAYAAGAUUCAUGAGACAAUUGAGUCCAUAAAUCAGCUAAAAAUACAACGUGAUUUCAUGCUGAGUUUUUCCAAGGAUCCCAAAGGAUACAUCCAAGACCUUCUCCGGUCCCAAAGUAGGGAUCUUAAGGUCAUGACCGAUGUAGUUGGAAACCCAGAGGAAGAACGCAGAGCUGAAUUUUAUCAUGAGCCRUGGUCUCAAGAAGCUGUAAGCAGAUAUUUCUACUGCAAGAUCCAGCAGCGCCGACAGGAAUUGGAACAAUCUCUGGGAGUGCGUAACACAUAAGUGCUGCUCACAAGAUUCCUUUGGCAUCRURACCACCRAACCAGUGGACUUUUCAGUGUUACUUAGCUCACUGUUACACAUGGACCUGCUUCCUGACUGGAUGAGAAUGUACCAUCAACACACCAAUCAGAACACCAGCUUUAGAGUGACCCUUGAAAAUCUUGCCUAUGACAGGUGUCUCAAACCAUUUUAAGCCAGAGACAGCACCAUACAAGUGUCAUUGUGAAAGAAGACUGAAGGUUCACUCAUCAACACACAUUGUUAAGUUUUAGUGGAAAGUUAGACACUACACAGCAAAUCCUAAUGGGCUAUGCUUAGAGUCGUGGGUGGCACUGAUGGGGGAGGUUGAGAUAGGUGUUCUAGGAGACUACAGAUUUAGAGAAAUGUAUGCAGUUCUUAUUCUAUGGUACCCAAGAGUCUCAAACAGUAACUUUCCUGGAAUUAGACAAGACAGUCUUUCUUAUAAAUGUGGAAUGCUUCAGAUUCCUGAAUACAGUGUUUAUUCCAGCCAGAGCAAUGCAAGAAGCUAUCUCACCAUCUGAAAGAACAACCUAGGAGGAUUUUCAUCCUGGAACACAGAGCCYGACUAGAAGAAAGACAUAUAGUCAGGGCAUCUCUUUCCAGGUGCAAAUAAUUUCUCUUCCCCUUGUCCCAGCAGUGAAAGGUAGAUUGAAUCACAUAUCACUAGAUGGCUCUARUUGGUAUACUGUACUGAGAGAAAGAGAAUCAUCCCUGUAAUAAGAGCUUCUUAUGCAUCCUUAAUAUCAGUGGUACUGGCAACAUAUGAGGCAUUCUGAGAAAAUGAAAAUARYGUAAUGGUGCUUUGCUGAUGSCUGCCUUUA